AUUUCUUCUUUUUCUUUUUCUUUUCAUCUAUUCAUAUACUUGUUAAUCCACAAUCAUCUAAUAAAUGAAGUUUAUUUAUCUUGCUUCCUUCGCCUAUGCUGCAGUUGUAGCCACUGCUCAAUUGACUGCACCAACAAGAAAUUAUAAUGUUACAAGUCCGGUUACAAAUGGUCCUUAUGUUGUCGGUCAAAUCCUUCCUUGUACUUAUCGUCUGUUUUCAGAUGUUGAUACUUCAGCACUCAACCUUGAAAUUGAUUUAGAAGCUGCUCCUCAAGGAGUAUCACCACAGGGAACAAACACAACGACGCUGCCUAUUGCAGUUUCCGCUGAUGUCUCAAAAACGGAUGCAUUCAUUAAACGUGAGGGUAACUUGACCUACUAUGAGCAUUCGAUCAAUUUCAAUAUCCCUCAGACAGUCAAACCAGGCAACUACCAUGUUGUCUUCUUUGACAAAUCAACCAACACCAAAUUGUCUAUUCCUAUCGAAAUUCGCCCAGCAGCAAGUUCUACAUCUGUUGGCACCAAAGCAACAAGUAUCUCCAUACCUGGGCGUCCUCAAUCUUCUGGUUCUAUCUUUGCUCAAGGCGCUGCUUCUUCCAUUGUGGCCUCUAAAGUACUGAUAGCUUUAAUGGCUGUAGCAGGUGUUGCUUUCCUCUUGUAAAAACAAAAUCUUAAUGUCGUUCAACUUUUUUUCUUAAUGAGUUAUUUUAAUCGUAAUAAACCAUAAAGUUUUAUAUUCUUAUUUGUUUUUCAUUGCCACCCCACAAAAUUGACAUAUUCUCUUUUGGCUCGAGAAUAUAGGAGCAGUAUAUGGCUUCUUACUGCUUAUUUUAGUGCACAAGUUUACAUAAUGG